CAGGGGGUUCCCAGUAUGAGGUCAGCGCGUCCUUGUUCGGCGUCAGCAUGUCUGGGGACACCGAGGACACUGGGGAGACACUGGGGACACGGGGGGACAUUUGGGGACACUGCGGGGACAUUUGGGGACACCGGGCCGCCCCCGCCGCAGGGAUGAGCAGCGACCUGGACGUGUUCGUGGGGAACACGACGCUGAUCGAUGAGGAGGUGUACCGGCUGUGGCUGGACGGACACUCGGUGGCCGAGGCGGUGGCGCGCCGCCUGCGCGGCGGUGUCCUGGAGCGCGAGGGGACGUCGGUGGCCGUGCUGCAGAGCGACACCCGCGACCACUACAGAACCUUCCAGAUGCUGGAGCGGCUCCUGCACGUGCCGCCCCGGCUGCUGCAGCAGCUCCUGUUCCAGAUCCCCCCCGAGCGGCAGGCCCUGCUCGUGCAGCGGUACUAUGCCUUUGAUGAGGCCCUGGCCCGGGAGCUGCUGGGCAAGAAACUCUCCAAGGGCACCAAGAAGGAGCUGGACGAGGUCAGCGCCCGCACUGGGGUCGGGAUCCGCAGCUGCCGCCGCCAGUUUGACAACUUCAAGAGGGUCUUCAAGGCUGUGGAGGAGCUGCGGGGGCCUCUGGCCGAGAACAUCCAGCAGCUCUUCCUGCUGCCCCCGCCCCUCGCCCGGGACUACGCUGCCAUUGUCUUCUUCGCCAACAGCCGCUUCGAGACCGGCAAGCGGCGCCUGCAGUUCCUGAGCUUCGCCGACUUCGCCGCCUGCGCCCAGAGCAUGAUGGGGCACUGGAGCCAGGGGGCCCUGGCGCCCGAGGCGGCCGAGCCGGACGGGGACCUGCCCAAGUCCUUCCUGCAGGACCUGAAGGAGCUGAAGGUGCUGGUGACAGACAAGGACCUGCUGGACCAGCACAAGAGCCUGGUGUGCUCGGCCCUGCGGGGGAAGAUCUCAGUCUACAACGAGCUCGAGGCCAGUUUCAAGGCGCUGUCCCGGGCCCUGGUGAACGUGGGGGGGAAGUUGACCCACGCCCGCGACGUUCGGGAUUUCUUCGUGGACCUGGUGGAGAAGGUGAUUGAGCCCUGCCGCUCUGACAAGUGGAGCCCAGGGGACCUUCGACUCUUCCUGACGCACUACACGGCGGCCCCCCGGAACCUGCCGGGCUUCAGGCACCAGGCGCUGUGGGAGCGCUACAUGGCCGCCAUCACCGCCUGCCUGCUGCGCAUGUACCAUGACUGACCCCAAAAGGAACAGGCACAGCCCCAAAAACCAGGCACCCCGGGGAUGCGACACCCCUGGGAAAUCAAAGGACCUGGCACUCGCAAUGCCCCUCCGAAAGGGGGGCACCCCAGAAAUGGGGCGGCCUCCAGAUGCGGGAUCCGAAAAAGGGGCGCGGGCUUCUGGAAACCCGACAGCCCAAGGGUGGAGCAAACCCAAACACCCCCAAAUUUGGAUGUUUGGUGUCUGGGGAAUCCCCCUGAAAUGGGGACCAUGAACACCAGGACACCUCAAACCCGGGGGAUCUGGGAGCGGCAACACCACAAAAAUCGGGACAUUUGGAAUGGGUGGGAACCCUCAAAAGGGGUGACCCCCCCCAAAACCGAGACACACCCCCCCCAGCUUAACCACAUGGAGACUCCUCAAAAAUGGGGGGGAGGGAAGGGGUGUUCUGGCAACCGGGUCCCCCUUCUCUCCCCCAAAGGGGGGAAAGCCCCGACUCUGGGGGUGCCCCGCCCGUGUGACCCCAAGAUUGGGGGUGCAAUAAAGAGCUGGAAACGGA